AUGUCUGCGUCGAUCCCUGCUGUGCUUGUGCGGAAUGGGCGGGCAGCAAGCCCAUGGCUCAGCAAGCACGACUUGCUGCACAACUACUCUGGCGCUUAUACCACUGCGCGGACGGUGUCCAGAAACUCUGUUUUCGAGCUCUCCAUGCACUGCCAGAGGCUGGCAGACACAGCUCAAGAUGUGCUGCAACGCAAGUUGGAGGAGACACCAGAGAUGGAGGGACGUUUUCGACAAGCACUAGCUUUCUUGGAACCAGCUGCAAUUCAGGCAGUUUUCAAGCGUGAGUGCCUCACGGCUCUUGAUUACCUUCAUGGCGUGGAGGAUGGCCCGUGCGAGUAUCAGGUAACUGUUUUGCUGACUUGCGAUACGGUGACUGAAGCCAAUGACAAGGGCUUUGAUGUUUACACUUUUGUCCAGGCCCUACCUUUUGUUGAAGCCACGGUAGCUGUAGAAGCACGCCAAGCUGAGAGAAGCAAUCCUACUGUGAAAGAUGUGCAGUGGGUCAAUGAUCGCCAGCACCUUGAAGAGAUUCAAUCACAAGCUGGGGUCAAUGAGGUGAUCAUGCAUGACGAGCGCGGCAAAAUUACAGAGGGGCUGCAGACCAACUUUUUUGCUGAGCGAAACGGCACCUUGUACACAGCUCCGGAUGACCGUGUGCUAUCCGGUACUGUCAGGAAGGUGGUGCUGGAAGUUGCCCAAGAACAUGGCAUCCCCGUUGAACUGGAGUGUCCCAACAUUUCGGAGAUGAACCAAUGGGACAGCUGCUUCAUUUGCUCCACUUCACGACUGGUGAAGCCCAUCCACACGCUGACCAGUCCGGACUUUGGUGAGCGCCGCUUUAGCUCCAGUGGCCUUGCACAUCGCUUGGAGGCCUUGGUGCUUGAGUCGAUGCAGCGACAUGCCGAGCCUCUGACAGAGUAG